AUGUCAACUGAACAUGAUCGCGCAGUUCUUAAUCAAAUUCUGAAUCCAUUGAUGCCAACAACCGAAACUUCUUCAAAUAAUUCGACGCAAUUUGAGAAUGGUUGGAUUUUUUUUUUUGAAUUCAUUUUUUAAAGUUUUUUUUUUUUUCUAUUUCCAGAUCAAAUUGAUCAUUGUGGAUAUGAAGAAAGUGUUGGAAUCGAAAAAGAGGCUGUGAUUUUGGCAGAAAGUGGAAAGGUUCCAGAAGCUAUUGAGAAAUUCGGAGAGUGGGUUUUUUUUUUUGAAAAUCAGGCGAAUAAAUAAUUUCUAAAUUUUUUCAGAGCGAUUUCAAAGUGUCCGAUAAAUCCAUCAGCUUUCAAUAAUCGAGCACAAGCUUAUCGAUUGAGCGGAAAAAUUGAGGGUACGUUCUGAGGGUGAAAUUCAAUGUUUUCUAGGGUUCACAUAACAGUUUUCUUAAUUCCAGAAGCAAUAUCCGAUCUUAAUGAAGCUCUGAAACUGUCAAAUCCAAAAAGUAAAACAACGUGUAAUGCAUAUGUUCAGCGAGCGAGUAUUUUCAGAUUGAAAGGAGAUGAUGAUAAAGCAAGAGUUAGUUUUCAUCAAGAUGAACUUUUCUAGAAAAAUUAUUCGCUUAAGUUCAAAAAAAAACACUAAUAUUAAACAUUUUUCAGGAAGACUUCCAAAAAGCAGCUGAUUUGGGUUCAUCGUUUGCAAAAAUGCAAUUAAUCGCUUUAAAUCCAUAUGCCGCAAUGUGCAACAAAAUGUUGGCUGAGGUUUUCGAAAAAGUCAAAACUGGACAGUAA